GCCACUCACUCCUCACUCCCACUGACUGGCUCAUCUCCUCUAGUAGUGCCUCCCAGCGUCCCUUCUCCUUGCUAGCACACACAAUCCAGAUCCGCUUCCUUCCCCGACCGCCUCCUCCGCUUCCGGCUCGCCGCCGCCCGAUCCCCGUCCGCCUCCUCUCCUUCACCCGUGGAGCCUUCCCGACAUCCCCAUCUACGUGCCCACAUCAGAUGGCUUACGAAAUCGUGACCGUGGCGAGUGGGGUGAUGGACCCCCUCAUCGGCAAGCUCAACGCGCUGAUGGGAGAAGAGUACGGCAAGUUCACAGGGGUCAGGAAGCAGGCCUCGUUCCUCGAGAAGGAACUCAGCGCCAUGAAGGCUGUUCUUCACAAGUUGGAGCUCGUGGAUGAGCUCGACCCAACCGCCAAGGACUGGGUGGAUCAUGUUAGGGAUAUGUCCUAUGACAUGGAGAAUUGUAUCGACGACUUCAUGCACCAAUUUCGAGCUGAUGAUGCCAAGGCAGGCUUCAUAGAGAAGAUUACUCAAUUCAUCAAGAAGUUUCGACAACGCCUUCGAAUAGCCGACCGAAUGGAAGAGCUCAAGACUCUUGCCUUGGAGGCAAAUGAUCGGCGCGAGAGGUAUAAGAUUGAUGAUUGGAAGCCUGCAUCUAGCUCUGUCGUUGUUGACCCUCGGCUGCGAGCGAUAUACCAGGAGGCGGAUACUCUCGUUGGCAUUGAUGGCCAAAGGGAGGAGGUUGUGACUCAGUUGAUGGAUACUCAGAAGAAACUCAAGGUGGUGUCAGUUGUUGGAUUUGGUGGUCUUGGUAAAACUACACUUGCCAAGCAGGUGUAUGACAAGAUUGACUCGCAAUUCGAUUGCAAGGCAUUCUUUUCAGUUUCACAGAGGCCUGAUAUGAGUGAGCUACUCAACAAUUUACAAUAUAAACUAGGGAUGAACAACCCUGUCUCGUCUCGUCCUCGUAAGGUUGACGACAUCAUUAAAGAGAUAAGGAAUUAUCUGAAAGAGAAAAGGUACCUUAUUGUUGUUGACGAUGUGUGGGAUGAAUCAGCAUGGUACAUUAUUAAGUGCGUGUUUCCAGAAGAGGGUAAUGGAAGUAGAGUAAUAGUCACAACGCGAGUGGAAGUUGUGGCUGGUGCAGCCUGUCAGAAUGACCGUGAGGGCAUCUACAAAUUGGAACCUCUCAGCGAAGAAAACUCAAGAAUGUUAUUGUUGAACAGAGUAUUUGGGUCCGAACAUGGUUGUCCACCCCAAUUGGAACAAGUCAUGACUGAGAUUUUAAAGAAGUGUCAUGGGCUGCCUCUUGCAAUUAUCACAAUAGGUAGCCUAUUAGCCAGUCAAGAAAGAUCAAGGAAGGGCUGGGAGGGUAUAAGGGAUUCUCUGGGUGCCCACUCUGCCACAAAUCCCUCCUUGGAAGAGAUGAAGAGUAUAUUAAACCUUAGCUACAUGCAUCUUCCUGCUUACCUGCGGGCUUGUUUUUUAUACCUUGGUAUGUAUGUUGAGGACUAUGUGAUCUCACGGGACGAUCUUGUUCGACAAUGGAUAGCUGAAGGCCUUGUAGGUAAUUUGCAGGGGCAAAAUAUGGAGGAUGUAGGCAGGAGUUAUUUCAAUGAGCUUAUCAAUAGAAGCAUGAUUCAGCCUUGGAAAACAGAGUAUGGAGAGGUGUUUUCUUGCAAAGUACAUGAUCUGAUGCUUGAUUUAAUCCUAAGCAAGUGUGAUAAAGAUAAUUUUGUAAGUGUGGCAUACAAUUAUGAAGACAUGGCAAGACUGCAUGCCAGCAAAUACAAGGUCCGGCGAUUAUCUCUGAGCUCGAUGGCUGGUGGUGGAGCAACAUAUGGACCAACUAUUACUGUUAACCUAUCACAAGUUCGGUCCUUUACACUGUUGGGGAAAUCCAUGCCUCCUCUUGUGCUGUUCAAGUAUCUCCGGGUGCUCAGGAUUGAUCAAGGAAGGACCAUGGAAGACGAGGAUAUCCUUGACCUCACCGCUAUUAGCCAAUUGUUUCAGCUCAGGUAUUUGUAUGUUUCUGGACCAAAAUUUGUGCAGCUCCCUGCUGAACUUCAAGGGCUUGUUUACUUGGAGACGUUGCACAUUGAUUCAGAGCUCAAGAGCAUUCCCUCAGAUAUAGUCCAUUUGUCCCGCUUGUCCUAUCUUCAUAUUGGGUAUUGCAACCACGGACUGCUGUCUGAAUGGAUUGGGAAUAUGAAAUCACUGAACAGUCUGAGAAUGCCGUUAGGCAUGAGGACCGGUCAGAGGGAAGAUUUGAAUGGGAUGAACGGCAUUAUGGGUCUCGGUGAGCUGACCAAUCUCAGGGACCUAACAAUCAGUCUGUGGUGUUUGGAGGAGCCAGAACUUGAUGCUUUGGUCUGCUCCAUUGGAAAGCUCUGUAACCUCAAACAUCUUCGAAUCUUAGGGUUUUAUCCUAAAAUCGACAUCCAGAUGAGCUCAUUAUCUAAUCCUUUCCAACACAUCGAGAAAAUUAGCGUGCUUGUGUUGAAUUUCCCUAGAGUUCCCAUAUGGAUGGGUGGUCUCCAUUGCCUUCGCGUCCUCGACCUGCGUGUGGAGGAGACCUCAACUGGCGAGGUUCGUCUUCUUGGAGAGCUUCCCUCCCUCGUCAAUCUCAGAUUCUGUCCGUCACAUAUCCCUAAAGAAAGGGCUAUACUAGGCACGGGACUAUUCCCCGUUCUGGAGUACUUCGGAUUUUGGAGUGAGGAAGACGCUAUGGCAUACCUGGGAUUCGAGGCGGGGGCCAUGCCCAACCUACAAACGCUCUCUCUCCAAACCAGGAAGUGGGGUGGCGGCACACCAGUUGGCAUGGAGCACCUGUUACGCCUCCAGAAGAUCCAUCUGUGUGGUGUUGACUCCGGUGAUGCCACCAUAGUGUCUGCUUUCAGGAACGCCUUAUCAGCGCACCCAAACCGCCGUUCCAUUGAAAACUUUUGGUAGUUAGAUUUCUUCUGUCGGAUUGCAGUCUGAUUUUUCUUUUAGAGUGUGCGGCCAAUCAGUUUAACCCACAAUGCGGCUAUGUAGAGUUGGAAAUCUCAUGGCGCUGUAAGUGAGUUGCAUGACCCCUGCCCGUAAUCCAGGGCAGCUAAGCGCCUAGCUAGUGUCCUGAUUUGGUUAGAGACGAGAUGAGAAGUUGGACUUGUGCAAAUGGACCGUAAAACAAUCCAGAGUUUUAUGAAAGGGUCACUUUACAUUACAGAACCAGAGAAGCUGCCAUCAUAGGGUGUGCCGGUGCUUGACUCAACCCACCCUGGCUACUCUUUGUACAAUCCUGCAAUUGAUAGCUGCUGCAAGCCUGCAGCCAAUUGGAGAUCCUCUGGGUGCCCGCUCAUUUAUGAUCGACGGCGCUGGCUACUGGACUAAAAAGAAACAGAGGGAGUACCCUCUUGCUCCGCAAACGCCCCGCUCUGACACGACAAGGCCGCUCUCAGCGCGCAUCCGUGGCACAGUGCGGGCGCAGCCGGUGUGGAUGCGCGUUGAACUGUGGAGGGACGCACAAGAGGGCAAGCGCCACCCCGGCAACCAGAAAAGGGUCGCGGGGGAAGAUGGACGCCACGAGAAGCACUGGGCCGCCUCCCAGUGCAGCGCCUAGGAUCCCGGCAACGCACUGCCCGGCCACCUUGGGGAAAGACCCGCCGAGGUGUAUUGGCGCAACAAAGCAUUUGAAGAUGGAGAGUAGGUACGCUACACGAAGAGUGUAGAGCUCCUCCGACGACGAGAGAAUGAUGGCAAGGAAAGAAACGGUGUACACCCCAGUGCACAAAUUCCGGAUCACGACAUCCGUCAGUUUAUGAGGCAGCUAGUCAUCGCCCGCACGCUCGGAUACGUGCUGUCCUGUGCAUGUUGUCUAUGAAUCGUGUUCUGCUAUCAGAACGCCGGUCUGCGAGAUGGCAAUUGAUCCAAUCUUACUAGCAUUCCCUAGAAAGCAGUACGAAGACAACUCAGACCAGGGGGGCGUUGCCCCCCCCCCCCUCCCCUCCCCUAAUUUUUUAUCUUAAUUACUCCCUCUAGUUCGGUGUAAAGAGCGCGAUAGGAAAUUCUCUACGACCAAGGUGACAGGUAGUUGGUUGAGAAAUAGAGAGGAGGCAAUCAUGAUUUUUGAUGAGUGCAAACAGUAUGCAGAAAAAGACCGAUAUUCGGGAAUAUAUUUAUGUUAUUCAC